AGGAGAGGAGAGGACACAGUACCAUGUGGCUGUCCCAGGCUCUGCUGCUUCUCAUCCUCGCAGGCUACUCCAUUGCCACUGAAAUCACUGGUCCAACAAUAGUGAAUGGCUCGGAGUGGGGCUCGUUGACUGUGCAGUGUGCUUACGGCUCAGGCUGGGAAACUUACUUGAAGUGGUGGUGUCGAGGAGCUGAUUGGAAUGGCUGUAACAUCCUUGUUAGAACAAAUGGAUCAGAGCAGGAGGUAAAGAAGAAUCGGGUGUCCAUCAGGGACAAUCAGAAAAACCGCAUAUUCACCGUGACCAUGGAGAAUCUUAAAAGAGAUGAUGCUGACAGUUAUUGGUGUGGGAUUGAGAAAACUGGAAUUGACCUUGGGGUCAAAGUUCAAGUGACCAUUAAGCCAGACACAAAAACUCCAGUCCUGGAAUGGACAACUGCAACAGGAAGCCUGGCUUUCACACCUGCAGCCACCCAGACCAGCAGCCCCCUCACCAGGUCCCUGCUCAGCAGCACCCACUUCCUGUUCCUGCUCUUCCUGGAGCUGCCUCUGCUCCUGGGCAUGCUGGGGGCCGUCCUCUGGGUGAACAGGCCACAAAGAAGGUCUUGAGGGAGGAAGAAUCAGCCCGAUGAUGAGA